GUAUUUUAAAAUUAAUUUUGUCAUAUACACUGUUAACUUUAAUGUGCAUGGUAUAGGUAGGGUGACUACAUGCGCCAUUCUCCCAGGACGCGUCCUGUCCAGGAUUUCUAAGUUGCAUAAAAUGUCCCAGUUUUGGUUUUGUUUUCAUAUUUGCGGAACGUAACGACUGAAAAAUAAUUUGAUCAAUAGCAUGCAUUAUACAUAAUCAACCGAUCGUGGCUUGCAAGAAGGCUGGAUCUACAGAGAACGGUCAAAGCAAUGCAAAUACGACAACAUUUUAAUGCAUUGCAUGAAGAAUGUCAAUAAGAACAGUGGCUUGCACAGACCUCCGUGUAGAAAUCGUGUUCCUAAAUCGCGUUCCGGGGGCACAUCAAUAUGACCACUUUCACAGUUAAAGAGGCAAGGGCUCAAGCCAUUUUAGGCAAUUUAGAAAUCCUGGACAGGACGCGUCCUGGGAGAAUGGCGCAUAUGGUCACCCUAGGUAUAGGCCUACUUAUUAAUGUCACUGUAAGUCACUUUGGACAAAAGUGUCGCUAAAUACCAUAAACAUCAGUCAAGAUAUCAUACUGCUGACUCUAGCAUCCAUUUCAUUAUCAUGUGUAACCUAAACAAUCAUGUCUAUUUAACUUCACCUGCUGGCCCAAGAAUCACUGAUUCUGCCUGUUCCUUGCUGUGCUCUGCAAGAUCUCCUGUAGCAGACUCUGCCUGCUCACUGGCUUGCUGACAUUAUCUUCAAGUGUAUUCUCACCUUCCUCAGACCUACACUCCCCUGUGCUACAUUUCUUCUUAAAAAAAUUAGAGAUGCUUGUCGAUUUUCUCUUCAUCCUCUGCAAAUUGACAUAGCACAGUUGACUAGCCAUAGCUAGUAAAAUAACUUUGCAGCUUAUUAGCACCAGCGUUAAUUUUAGUUAAUGUUAAUUCGACACUGUAAAAACUUUACUGAGGAACAUUUAGUUGGCAAAAAAGUUAACUUUAGAAGCAGUGGUGUAGUGUAGUUUUUUGUAGUGAGUAUUCUGCGAAGUCCUCUGUUUCCUGCUAAUCUAUCAUCAUAGUUAUGCAUUUGAAUUCACUAACUUGAAAUUCGAUUCAGUAUCAGUUAUUUUGGAUAUACUGUAUAUCAGGUACAGUACAUGGCAAAUUUCCUCAAGAAAAAAAAAAUCUCUCCACUAAUGCUGUAAACUACACAUUCAUAUUGAAGGGUAAAAUUAACUGAUUUGUAUACAAACUUAAACUACGUAAUGUGUUUCAAUUCGGACACAUGAAUGAACUCUGCUUUAUGAACUCAUACAAUAUUUUUUACCAUGAUUGUUUGUAUCAUGUUUCUCACUGUUUUAAUUUUAAUACAAAUAUUAUCUGGUAAAACAGUCAGUGCACUUCUGUGAUUGUAGACAAUGCAGCGUGUGAACAGGACUUUUAUUUUGGAGUGACGACAUGACGUCAUAAGACGGAGCCGAGCUGCUGUGAUUCUGCUGAAGAAAGAUGGCGUUUAAAAAAGAGGCGAGUGAAGACAUGAAGAUUGAGUUUAUUAAGGAGGAAGAGACUGGAGAUCUAAAUAUGGAAUCUAUUAAAGAGGAAAGCGAAGAUAUGAAGAUAAUUAUUAAAGAAGAGACUGAAGACAUGAAGAUUGAAGAAACAUUCAGUGUAAAAGAUGAAGAAACUGAGGAACAAACAGAUAUGAUGGCACCGAGAGAGGCGAGUCAUGAACUUAAUGAAAGGGAUGAAGAGAAAAAACAUAAUUUAAUGAGUGAAAAAAAAUUAACAACAUUUUCCUUACAAAAAGGAGCUCAAAAGACUGGAACUAAAAGUUAUUUCACCUGCCAACAGUGUGGAAAGACUUUUGAUCAACAUAGAAACCUUCAAGUCCACUUGAGAGUUCACACUAGAGAGAGAGCCUUCACUUGCCAACAGUGUGGAAAGAGUUUCAUACGUAAAAAACACCUUAAAGUUCACAUGAGAAUUCAUACUGGAGAGAAACCUUUCACCUGCCAACAUUGUGGAAAGAGUUUCAUUAGAAAUGAAAACCUUAAAGUCCACAUGAGAAUUCACACUGGAGAAAAGCCUUUCACCUGCCAACAGUGUGGAAAGAGUUUCAUUAGAAAUGAAAACCGUAAAGUCCACAUGAGAAUUCACACUGGAGAAAAGCCUUUCACCUGCCAACAGUGUGGAAAGAGUUUCAUUAGAAAUGAAAACCUUACAGCCCACAUGAGCACUCACACUGGAGAAGAGUGUUACACCUGCACUCUGUGCGGGAAUGGCUUCACACGGCUAAAAACCCUCAGGCAACACAUGAGAAUUCACACUGGAGAAAAGCCUUACACCUGCCAACAGUGUGGAAAGAGUUUCAGUCAAAAAGGACACCUUAUAGUCCACAUGAGAGUUCACACUGGAGAAAAGCCUUACACCUGCCAACAGUGUGGAAAGAGUUUCGUUAGAAAUGAAAACCUUAAAGUCCACAUGAGAAUUCACACUGGAGAAAAGCCUUACACCUGUCAACAGUGUGGAAAGAGUUUCAGUCAAAAAGGACACCUUAUAGACCACAUGAGAAUUCACACUGGAGAAAAGCCUUACACCUGCCAACAGUGUGGAAAGAGUUUCAGUCAAAAAGGACACCUUAUAGACCACAUGAGUACUCACACUGGAGAAAAGCCUUAAGCUUUGAUUUAUUAUUUUCUAAGAUCAAAAUAAAAUUGAACAGCUCAAUAUUGCAAUAAAUUGAGGUCGACACAACAGCCUCUUAAAUGUUAAAAAUGUGAAACUCUCACAGUUCACAAAGCUUACGCUACGUCCUAUGCCUUCUCUAUAGGUUGUUUGCACAUGAUGUCAGUGCUGCACGUGAAAUGUGGCAGGAGGGCAAGGAGUGAUUGAAAAGAAGAUUUUCUAUCCCAUUGAAUGAUAAUUUGGUGUUUUCACUUCAGUUUUGUAGAAUUCGGUUUACAAUGUUGAUCUGGUUACCACGAGAACUGUGUCACGCGGUGCUGCUUCAGCCAUCAUAUGGUAGAAAAUGUCAGAAUAAAUAAAUGUGUUCAACAAGC